ACAAGUUACAAGACCUCCGAGCCACAGAGACAUCCAAACUGUUAGGGCAAAUAUGAUAUAACUUCACCUCCAUUUCAAUGGAGCUUUCUAUUUCCAGAAGCUUCCAACAUUCCAUAUUUCGGACCUCACUGUCCCCAAUUGCCUCAGAAUAUACAUACAGAGCCUGUGUCUAUAGUUUCAGGAGUAGCAGACACAGAUUGAAGUGUAAUUCGAAGCCUCUGAGAGUUGAAUUGAGUUUGGAACAGAAUUGCUCAAAUUAUGGCGUUGAGAGUGUGUGGGAUGACUGUAGGUUUGUUGAGGUGAUUGCAAUUGGGAGUCGGAGAGAUGCCGUGCUUGAUUUCUGCUUGGAUUCGCCUCUUUUGGGUUCCGCGCUGCGGUUGUGGGACAUAAGUCUGAAAGAUUCAGUAAAUGUUAAGUUGCAACAAAGGGUCCUUGAAAAAGAUAUCCCACCCUGUAUACUGGACACUCCAUCAACCUUGCAGUCACGUUCUAAAGCAAUUAUACUUGUUUCUGGUGCUGCUUAUGGCUCAGAGUAUAGGGUGGUACUCGAUAUCCUUAGGACAGUAAAGUCUGCUAAUGGUUUAGUUUUCGGUAUUAUUCUGAAGCCUUUCAGCUUUGAAGGGUGAAGGCGCAGAAAUGAGGCGUGAUGGUUUAAUCAAUCACCAUUCAAUAUGCCAAGUGUUUGUGGGAGAGGUGGCUAGGCACACAACAAAUGGCCCCCAAGCAGCAGCAUGAAUGCUAGAAUACAUGCAAAUGCCGCCACUAAUAUGCCUCUUCAUCCAUUUUGGGAGCCAAAACUUAAUAUUCCCAGAGCCUCUGAAUAUUCGGAGAUUGAUCAUAGCACCGAGCAACAUGUUUGAUUUUGGUUUCGAGGGCAUUGCUACCUUGAACAUUCCCCAGAUUGACCUGGACCUCAACAUUAAAAAUUCAUUAAGUGGUUUGAAGUUAAAUGCUGAGUCUUCCCAUUGCAAUACUCUAAAUAGUACCCCUUCUCCUCAGUUCUCAGCCACUGCUCUUCUUCACAAAGCCAAGCUGACAGGAUCUACUUCCAACAAUGGUAACUUUGGAAUUGGGAACAGCAUCAGCUGAAGCCAGGCAUUUUUCUUUUAUUUUUUGCAUUGUUUUUUGAGAAACCAAGUACUAAAGCUUUUAUUUCCAAUAUGUCAUCUAGUUUUUCAGAGGAAGAAUGAUUAGGGAUUUUGGAGGAGAUCCAACAUUGGGAAUAAAAGAGACGGGUGGAUGUGAACCUACAUGAUGCAAUCUGAUUUAAUAGAUGUAUAUUUAUUAAUUUUUUUAUGAUAAAGUACAUAGUAUGUAAAUUAAUAUGUAAGCGUUUAAAAUUUAUGUUCUAUGUCCUUUUGUUUUGAUGCACAU